ACGGCAAGCGGCUUAAGCAACCGAAUAAAAUUCACUAGUUUAUCACAUAUUUAGAUAAAAUUUUCUAAUUUUAAAAAGGUAACAUUAUAAGAAUUUAAUAUAUUAAAAAAAUUCAAACUCUCAGUAAAUUUCUUAGUCAAGUUCUAAAUAUUUUUAGUUUUCAGUAUGAGUCGUAAAGAGGCUUUAACACAAUUUAUUCAACAAAUACAUGGUCGGCCUGUUGUUGUAAAGCUUAACAGUGGAGUUGAUUAUCGAGGUGUAAUGGCAUGUAUUGAUGGUUACAUGAAUAUUGCAUUAGAACAAACUGAAGAAUACAUAAAUGGAGAGUUGAAAAAUAAAUUUGGCGAUUCAUUUAUUCGUGGUAACAAUGUUCUAUAUAUAAGUACACAAAAAAGAAAAGGCGUGUAAAAUGUAUUUAUAGCUACUUUAAUAUAAAGGAAGCUAAAAAACUUUUAGAUGAUAUAUUUACAUUGUAAGCUAAUAAAUAAAAAUUAAGUACAAAAAUUACAAAAAUAUUAUACUAAACUA